AUGGACUCCGCUCUCCGUGUAGUAAAGGAACAGUGCGAGUUUCAGCACGGUAUUGGAGAUGCGGGUCUUGAGAUCGCUCGUCUGGAUAGACUCCAGGACGUCCGCGUAGGUCAAAGUCACGGUUUUCAGAAUCUCGUUCAGAUUUGUCAGCAGUUCACGAGCAUGAGCGAAAAGCCCCGAAAAUCUGACAUCGUCCAGUUCGACUUUGAGGAACCCGUUGUCCAAAACGGUAGCCAGCAGCUCGCUAAAAAGAAUUAG